UACUUGUACAAUAUUGUAUUUCUACGUUUUCUUAAGUGACAGAUCUGAAUUUUUUGCCACCACCUUUAUGGAUUGUUUUUUAACAUGUAACUGAAUUUGACUGAGGGAAACUAAAUGAGUCCAACCUUUGCCAAUCUUUGAGAAUAAUUAUAAUCCAUGCAUAUUAUUCUGAAAUGGGUCAUUCUGCAUGAUGAGUACUGCUGAUAGUUUAAGUAUAUUUUGAUGCUAUUACUUUUACUCAAGUGAAAGUUUGAAUGCAUGACUUUUGGUUUCACUCCUUUUACAUAUUGAGAAGAUGGGAGCACUUCACUACUCAUUGGUGACUUCUUCCUCCAGGCGUCCCAUGAAUGCGGUGAAGUUCAAAGUGAGAUGCCGGAGUGGCAGCACGGAGUCGUUGUGUCCUGUUUAUUUGCUGGAUGCCUGUUGUUCCGUCGCUGUUAUGGCUCGGCCCCAGAGAAAACAGUCCGGAGCGGCAGGAAUGCGGCCUCUCGACCGGCGCGCAGCGGCAGCUCCUCCGUCAGACGUGACGUCGCUGGUCCCCCGCUGAAAAACUUGACUCGGCCGAAGUUUUUCUAUGAGCGAGAAAACAACGAGCCCGAAGUCCCGUCUCUGACCAGGAGCCUCGGAAUGCGCGGACAUUGGCGCGUCGACACCGCAUCCCGCCGUCGAAAUGUUCGCGCAGUUGUUCCGUUUCGUCGACUCCGUGGCGGUGCUGGCGACUAUUUGUGCAGCGGUGCUGUUGGCUAAAAGCUGCGUGGGUGUCACCGAGGAGGACGAUGAGGUCCUGGAUAAAAAGCAGCUCAUGGAGUUUUACAAAAAGGGUCUGUUCAUCCUGGAGAGCGAGCCGCUGAAGCGCUGCAUCACGGUGGAUCGCUCUAACCUGGUGCUGGAGGACUGCGAGCGGCCCACGCGCCGCAUGCUGUGGAAGUGGGUCUCCAGACAUCGCCUCUUCAAUUUGGGCACCAGCACGUGCCUGGGCCUGAACAUGUCGGACACGACGCAGCCGCUCGGCACGUUCGAGUGUGACACGGCCCUGCCCGUGAUGUGGUGGCGCUGCAACGGAAACAUGCUGUACGGACUGUCCCACUGGAAGGUGGCUGUGGCCGGACGUUUGGUGGUGGUGAAGAAAAACUCUUACCAUGAGUGGAAAAGGUACAACACGCCCAGAGAGGGGCCCUGCUCGUAUCCAUAUGAAGAUAUCCACACUUUGCUGGGGAAUGCACAUGGCAUGCCCUGCGCUUUGCCCUUUAGAUACAACAACAAAUGGUACUCUGAGUGCACGACUGAGGGGCGUGAGGACCACCUUCUAUGGUGCGCUACCAGCACUCGCUAUGAUGAGGCCGAAAGAUGGGGCUUCUGUCCGGUGAAAGAUUCCAGUUGUGAGCGUUUCUGGGAGUCAAACCAGGAGCUUCGGGCGUGUUACCAGUUCAACCUGUACACCAUCCUCACCUGGAGUCAGGCGCUGUCAACCUGCCAGGCUCAAGGCGGCAACCUGCUCAGCAUCACCAGCCUGGCAGAGCACAGGUACAUCCGAGAUCGACUUGCAGGUGUUGGAGCGAUGGUGUGGAUUGGGCUGAACCACUUGAAGGAUGGGCGGGGGUGGCAGUGGUCUGAUGGAGCACCUCUGUCACUAGUCAAUUUCACCACAGCUCUGCCCGCCAGCCCGCUACAGGACAACAGACAGUGUGGAGUGCACAACUCAGUCUACGAGGGUCAGUGGCAGAGUCUUUCCUGCGAGUCUGCGCUGCCUUACAUCUGCAAGAAGACGCCUAACGACACCCGCAGAGCCGAGCCGCUGGAGAACUGGCAGUAUAUCCACACAGAGUGUGCUAACGGCUGGUGGCCUCAUAAUGGUUUCUGCUACAGGGUGCUGUCAGAAGCAGGAAGUUGGGAGGAGUCCUCCCGGGCCUGUGGCUCUCAGGGGGCGAACCUCACCAGCCUCCGCUCCCUGUCUGAGGUGGAAAUGCUGCUCAGCCUUCUGGCAAACUUUUCUGGGGAGAGUAUGGAGGUGUGGAUCGGUCUUUGGAAACAGGCAUUCUCGCCGACUGUAGAGUGGUCUGAUGGCUCACCAGUAACUCUCACUCUCUGGCACCAGUAUCACCCUCCCCACAACCUGACGGACGCAACUCUUUGUGCCAAAGUCGACAGGAAGGUAGGUAACUGGCUCUUAGCGUCAUGUGAUGAGCGACUGCCUGCUGUGUGCAGAAGAGAAAGCCAGAAUCCCGUUCAUCACCGAGGAACCUGGGAUGAGGGCUGUCCUGAGGGCUGGAAGCGACAUGGCCACUCCUGCUACACGGUGACUAGCCAUGAGCAGAGCUAUGAAGACGCACAGAUGGGAUACUACUGCAAGGCUCCUCUUCUUAAUGUGGAAAACAGGUUCGAGCAGGCAUUUGUCAACAGUUUGCUGAGUGAGAGUGGGGCCAACAGUAGCAUGUAUUACUGGAUUGCCCUCAUGGACAAGGAGAAAGAAGGAGAGUACUAUUGGCAUCUUCACAAUGGCCUCUCUCUGCCUCUGACCUUCACAAACUGGAACAAACAUCAGCCAGUCAGUGCUGGUGGCUGUGUUGCUAUGUCAGGUGGUCCUGCUUUGGGUCACUGGGAGGUGAAAGACUGCAAGUCUCACAAGGCCUUGUCAUUGUGCAAGCAGAGCAUCAGCAGCUACCACGAUAUCCAGCUGCCAGAACACCACAUUGAUGCCUACGCCCCCUGUCCUCCAGGGUGGGAAUCACAUGCCGGGCUGCUCUGCUGUUUUAAGGUGUUCCACGAUGAGAAAGUCCUGAUGAAGCGUUCCUGGGUGGAAGCAGACUUCUUCUGCCAGGCCCUCGGGGCUCAGCUGGCCAGUUUUGACCACUAUGAGGAGCAGGUGUUUGUUAAGCAGCUCCUCAGUACCAUGUUUGAAGGAACAGAGGGUCGCUGGUUCUGGGUGGGUUUAAAUAAGAGAGACCCUGAACAUCCCGGCUCCUGGCAGUGGUCUGACGGUUCCCCCGUAGUGACGUCCUUCAUCGAUGAUAAAAACGAGGAAGAUGACAGGAGGGACUGUGCUGUGUACAGCGACCUGACCAACGCGCUCACGCCGCAGCCCUGUGAUACCAAACACGAGUGGAUCUGCAUGCUGCCCAGAGGUUAUAAACUGGAAAAACCAUACUGGUACACUGAGCAGAGCGAGCCCUGGGUGUUCUACCGCGGAGCUGAGUACCUGCUGGCAAAGCAGCCCUUCGACUGGGAUGCCGUCGCUCUGGCCUGUCAGAUGAUGGGUGCCUACCUGCUGUCCAUUCACUCCAGAGAGGAGCUGCACUUCAUCAAGGAGCGCUUGCAAAGGCUCUCCCUGGGCCCGACCGACUGGUGGAUCGGCCUGUCCGUUGGGCAGCCUGGAGAGGAGGUCAGGUGGAGCGACAAGACAGAGGUAGAUUUUCAGAACUGGGCAGAGGGGAUUGCCAGAGGUGGUCCGAGGAGAAACAGAUUGUGUGUCACCAUGUCCUCCUCGUCAGGGAAGUGGUCGACGAGUAAGUGCAGCGAUCUCCACGGCUACGUUUGCAAGAGAAAGACUGUGUCCGUGGUGGAGACUCCCAGGGAGCCGCACUACAUCGGAGGAUGUCCAGAGGACUGGCUGUACUUUGGACACAAGUGUCUCCUGCUUCACCUCCCUGGCAGUCCAAAGGAGGGAAAGACUUGGAAUGAUGCCCAGUCCAUCUGCUCCUCAUUCAAAGGCUCGCUGGUCGCUAUAGAAGACGAGAUUGAACAAGCGUACGUGACCAUGUUGCUCCAGGGAAGCUCUGUAGGUGUGUGGAUUGGUCUGCAGAAUGAGGACACCAUGAAAUGGACCAAUGGGAAACAAAUCAGCUACACCAACUGGUCUCCAAUUGAACCGAAGAGUUAUCUCACUGAGGAUGACUGGCUCACUUCUGAUGAGCCACUGUGUACUGUUCUGUCCAACAACCACAACUUCCACUUGACAGGGAAGUGGUACGAUGAGAAGUGCAGCGAGAGUGGGUAUGGCUUUGUUUGUCAAAAACCUCAAGAUACAUCCAAACCCCCCACCCACUCCUAUCACCACCCUCCCCCCGACAAUAUUGAGUACAGGAGCCGCAGCUACAAGGUUGUGUCUGGCAACAUGAGCUGGUACGACGCGAUGCAUUUGUGCAUAGAGAAUGAUUCUGACCUAGUGAGCGUUACAGAUGCCUACCACCAGGCUUUCCUUACUGUCCUUGUCAAUAGAUUGGCAGUCCCCCGCUGGAUUGGACUGUAUAGUCAAGACAGUGGCAUCAAUUAUCAGUGGUCAGAUGGCAGUGACACGGUGUACACGCACUGGGACGCAGCCGACGACGACGAAGACAUUGUGUCAGGAGAGUGUGUGUACAUGGACGUGAGCGGAGGCUGGAGAAGAGCCGACUGUGAAGCUCUGCUACCGGGUGCCCUGUGUCAUGUUCCCCCACCAAGCAGCAAACCAUUUAUCUCCUAUGAGGUGGUGUGUCCCUCCACGUGGGUGAAAUUUGAAGAAGGCUGUUACAACUUUGAACCUGUGGUGCAGAAACUUACGUUUGAAGAGUCGAGAGAGCACUGCAGGCAGAAAGUCAACACUUCAGAUGUCCUGACCAUUGAGAGCGAGAAAGAGAAUCGUUUUAUUCUGGAGCAGCUGUGGUCGUCGGGGUUCCUUCAUCACACUGUGUGGUUGGGGAUGUACUUCAACGUUGACACGGAUUCUAUGGCCUGGGUGGAUGGUGCACCGAUAGACUACACCAACUGGCCCAACAAAGCCCCAGACUCCAAGCUGCUGACUGCUGAUGCCUGUGUUACUACCAGGGUGGUUGACGGUGUGUGGCACCUGUCACAGUGCACCGAGCGGCUUGGCUUUGUUUGCAAAACCACCAUAAAUAUAGUGUCUGAGGUGGAAGUGGAACCGCUAAAUGGUUUACAUCACAGUAUCAUCCCUGCAGCAGUGCUGGUGGCUGUGCUGAUCUUUGCCCUGCUGGCAGGAGCGAUGUGGUUUGUGUACAAGAGGAACGCUUCACGUUUUCAGGGGCUCCCGACUCUCGGCAGCGCCUAUUACAGACAAACCAGCUCACAGGCCACAGAGUCGGACGGAAAUGUGCUGAUCACAGACCUGGAGACUCACUCAGGAGAAUAGCACUCAGUGACACCCGUGUCUUUUUUUUAAGGUCUCCCCCCAUUGUCUGUCUGUCUCUCACCAUUUCACCAUCAGGUAUAAAUGCCACAUGACACUGUAAAGCUGUGACGCUGACUCCUCAGGACAGUGGUGAGAUGAUGAUGGAAAACGUCCGUUCUUCAAUCUGAGGAUGUGUUUGAAGGAUCCCCCAUCACUCUCUCCAGUUUUCAUUUAUUCGGUUCGUUUCAAUGAGACAAAUGUUCAUGAGAUGUUUCUUGUGUUGACACUGAAGAGCUCGCGUUUGAAUUUCUAGACAAAGUUCACGUAAAUGAGAAUGUUGAAGAAGGGACGCUAGAGAGCUUGAAACUUGCUAAAAGAGGUACUGAAGACUUAAUGUUUGUCAAAAUCCUGCAGUAUGAGGAUUUCAUCCAUUAUACUUACUAAACUAAUAUUUAGGAAGGUUAAAGACAAUAAAAAACAAGAACGGUUUUACUCAGUAAGAUUUAAACAGGUGAAGAAAAAUCUGGGUCAGCUUGUCACGCUCAAAAGAAGCUUUCAUCAUCGUAAAUAAGAUGCAGGUCAAUGACAAAAAAGAAAUCGGUGAUAUUUUUUAUGUAAUUUUGCAUAUUUCAUUCAGGAGCUGUUAGAGCUGCACAUGUGGUACAGCAAUUUUGUCAGUAUUACUUUUGUAUUUUUGUUUUAUUUUUAUGACGCAUACAUGCUGUAUAUUGAUACCAGAGGGUUUUUUUUUUUUUGUACAUUCAAAACUAACAAUACCUGUAAGGCUAUAUCAGAUUGGAUUUGUUCCCUUGUUCACUAUUGUCUGCUGAUGCAAAACAAAUUAUUAGAUGUAUUUUGCACAAUUUCCUUUGUGUUUUAAUAGAUUAAAGUUAGGCCUAACAGUUCCAGUUUUCCUCACUAUGUCUGGCUGUGUGAAUAACAGAGGCAUGAAAGAAAUAGGGGAAAUCCUCUGUGAAAUCCUUGUCCCCUGAGUUCCCCAUUUCUGUCUAUUAAUUACUUCACUUUUUGGAGAAUUUCUCCUGAAACCAUGACUAUAAUUUACUAUUUCCUCCUAGAACAUCCGCAUUUAAGCUUUGCAGGGUCAGUUGUCUUGCAUUUUUGGUCCUUUGCUAACAAUUUUGCCACUCUUUUUGGAUAAAUGUGUUGUAUCCUUAAUGGAGAGUGUAAAAUACUAGUUUGCAGGCUUGCACCUUCUCGUGUUUCGCCAUCACUACAAAAUGACAUUUCAAAGGUCAGAGAAUGCCUUGCUUUUUAUUACAGAAAAGUCUAAUAAAGGGACAGUGAAAAAAAAAA